CGACCUGAGGGAAUACAGUGAACUCAAGUCGCUCAUAGGAAUCUCCGAGAUGCCAAAGUUACAGUCUACUCAACGGCUCAAUUUAUUGACUCACUGGAAGGCAUUCCGAAGGAGCUCCCCUUGGUUACAUGGGUCAACAUGGACUCAUUCGACUGACCUCGCUCACUGGACUGCCAAAUGUGCCAAUGUUGCUCGAACUCGACAUUUCAACCGGCAUUGAAACCUUCGUCAAUAUCCCCGAGGAGUUCCCAUCUCUCACCAAGCUCACGAUCUCCUCGCACAAACCCCACAACAUCUUGAGCCAACUCCCAAGGAUGCCAAAACUCAAUCAUCUCGUCCUCUCAGCUCAAUUUGUGAGCCUGGCCGAUCUGCAUGUGAAUAGAAACUCCCUCAAAGUCCUCGAUUUGCAAGCUUGCUGCGAAUUGAUGUCGCUGGACGACAUUCCCUCGUAUCCCAAGCUCGAGGCUCUUUACGUCCCUCGAUCGAUACGGAGAAUCAGCGGACUCGUCGACAAGCUUCCCUCUCUCAAGACACUGCACUUGGACUCAAGUAUGAGGCCAUCACGUUGCUCUUUCUCGGAUGGCAAGUAUGGCCGAUAUGCUGACUAUUUCAGACUUCGAAAGAUUAUUUCCGGGCUUCCGAAGGGAUGUCGUGUUGUGUUCAACAAUUCGUUCGAGUACACCCUUGGCCGAUUCUCAAGGUCGCUCGGCAUGGAGUUGCCCAAUGUCAUGUGUUAAUUCUCCAGGUUUUACUCUCUAUAUUUUCCAUUCCAUUCCACUGCGUUUCGGUUUGUUUUUCUUCCAAUCCAGCUUAUAUCUCCCACUUCCGACAUCUCACUUCAUCCGA